CCCACCCCCCUGUGAUGCUGAUGAUGGUGAUGAUGAUCUGUGGAGAUCUGUAGGGGAUGGGGAGGGGGGGUUAAGGUGGAUGUGGACACACAGGAGCGCAUUUAGGAGGAGUCUCCGCUUCCUCGCGUCUCACUUUUGAUUUGACAAGUGAAGAUUCGCGCUGCACAUGACACACACGUAAGAGAAAGAGAUUGCGCGUCUGAGUUCAGUCUGCGGGGAUACAAACAAAAAAAACAAAACAAAAAAAACAAUAAACUAUGGACAGGAGGACGAACUUUGGGGACGUUUUUCACAAAACUCUGAGCGUCUCGGGGAAAAAGAUGGACUCGUUGCGCGCGCCGGGUGUCGAGCCGCCGUGCAGAGAGCACCAGUCGCCGCUCGGAUCUUUCGAUCCGCCAGACUCGGACCCUCUUCAGGCUGUCGGAGGAGGAGUGGGGUCUCUCGGUCUCCCUGGUGGAUCCAUGCGGGCGCCGUAUGGCGUUGGAGGCGAAGGUGCGAGCGGACAGAGCAGCGGCGGAGAGCAGAGCCCGGACGACGACAGCGACGACCGGUGCGAGAUGAUGCUCCUGGCGACGGCUCGAGACCCGAGGACGACUUCUGCAGCGGCGGGUGCGUCGGGCGCAAAGUGCGAGACGGGGAAGAAGAACCGGGAGCAGAAGAUGCUGCGGCUCAACAUCAACGCGCGCGAGCGGAGACGGAUGCACGACCUGAACGACGCGCUGGACGAGCUGCGGGCGGUCAUCCCUUACGCGCACAGUCCGUCCGUGCGCAAGCUCUCCAAGAUCGCCACGCUGCUCCUCGCCAAGAACUACAUCCUCAUGCAGGCGCAGGCGCUGGAAGAGAUGAGACGGCUCGUAGCGUACCUCAACCAGGGCCAGGCCGUGUCGCUUGCGCCGAGUCUGAGCGCGUACGAGCAGCCGCCCGCGUACCCCGCGUUCCCCGGCGGAGCCGCCGCGGCCUCCUCGUGCCCCGACAAAUGUGCCCUUUUCAACAGCGUCACCUCCAGUCUGUGUAAACAGUGUACCGACAAGCCUUAAAACACACACACACACACACACACACACACACACACACCCCCUCUCUGUGAGACUGAAACUGACGCCUGUAGGCUGCAUUUCAUACUCCAAGAACGGAUAGAAAAGAAUUCUUAACUUUUCCUACAUCGACUAGGAUUUCAGCAGCUUUGCCGCAGAUCCAGCAGUUUGUUCCUUUCUUUAUCUUUUCUUUCUUUUUUUUUCUUUUUUUUUUUGUUUUGUUCAGAUACUUGACAUCUAUGUGUGUGUAUGUGCGCGACCGUGUGCGUGCGUGUGUGUAUGUAUAUAUAAAGUAAGUGCUGGUGCGAGUGAAUUGAAAGCAAACAAAGUCUAUGUGUGAGUGUUGAGAAUGGACACUUUAUGGAAAUAUGGACCCUAAACACAGUGAGCUGAUCCGAUCCGACCUGGCAACAUGUGAGCAUUACAUUUACUUUGCCUGCACGUUUUAUUUCGGGAUUUCUUGCUUAA